GCGGAGAUGCCGGCCUCCACGGAGAAACUUCGUGCCGCGGGGGAAGAAGCGAGGCAGCGGUCCUUCAAAACUCUCUAGGUCUAACCAUGUUAUUGAGUUCGUUCCCUUUAGCCGACUUGCCCCGCCCAGGGACAGUAUUUCAUCAUCCAUCCCUUAGCACCUCUAUCAUUCCUGCAACCACUUUCGUCCCCGAAACCCUCUAACUUACGUUGGCAACCUGAGGAAUGUCUACUGCCACUUCUGCGGCCGAAGAAAGCCAACGUGCGGCGUAUCUGCAAGAUGCGCAAGACAAGGCGAUCAGCCUCUUCGAGGAGAUCGAGCGCAGCCUCAUCCGCCCUGGUGUAAGUGAGAAGGACCUGAGUAAGGAGAUCUACAACCUUGCCGCCGAGCGCUUCGGCGUCACCAACCAUUGGCAUAAGCGCGUGAUCAGGAGUGGGCCGAAUACGUUGAUGCCCUACGCCGAAAAUCCUCCUGACCGUAUCAUUCAAGCGGACGACAUCCUCUUCGUCGAUCUGGGGCCGGUGUUUGAGGCUUGGGAAGUCGACUUUGGACGAACCUUUGUGCUCGGUGAUGAUCCGACAAAGCUCCGUCUGCGGGACACCCUUGAGCCGACGUGGCUCGCCGUCAAGGCGCAGUUUCAAUCCAAUCCAGACAUGACGGGCGAGGCUCUUUACGACCUAGCAUGUGGCGCCGCGAAGGAGGCCGGAUGGGAAUACGGUGGAGAGAUCGCGGGCCACCUAGUCGGAUCCUUCCCUCACGAGCGCAUUCCCAAAGACAAAAUCUCACUCUACAUCACGCGCGGCAACAAUGAACGCAUGAGCCGCCUUAAUCCGUCUGGGCAGAAGCGGCACUGGAUUCUAGAAAUCCACCUCGUCGACCGGGUCCUCCAGAUCGGGGGAUUCUACGAGCAGCUCCUCACCAUCGGCUGACCAUAGACUGAGGAGGCGAUUGGAUAGUACUUUUGAAUAACGCCAAGAUCUCCAUCAAAUCUGGGCCAAUAAACGCAUGUUUUUGCUUGCACUUGACACUUCUCUCUGGUGUUGUGCAUUUCAAGCUCUGUCUUGGAUGAAUGCUAGUUGUGGGAUGGACGGGAGGAAGGAGGAUUAAAGGGUUUGGGGCUCUUGCAUGCCGCCUUGUUGCUCAAACCUCAACAUAUUACCAACCGCAAAAAAGUAAUUGCGUUCAUUAUUUUC